AUGACCAUGAUAGUGAAAAAAAAAAUUUUUGCUUUUGGAAAUGUCUUAGCAGAUAUGAAUAAAUCUGAUGAAGCUGAAAAACAUUAUCUUUGUUUACUCGAUCAUCUUUCUUCUAAUAACUCAGAUAUUGCUCGUUGUUAUCAUGGUCUUGUAGCGUCACUGAUGAAAAAGAUGAUUAUAAUUCAAAUCUUGAAUGACACAAAAAAAUCACUCUAUAUGAGAAUCACAACAUUAAAAUCAGACCAUCCGCAUCUUGUACCUGGUUAUAUCAAUAUUGGAUGUGAUUGUUUUAAUAAAAGUGAUUACCUACAAGCACUUGAGUCAUAUAACACAGCAUUUUAA